GUACCUACCUACCUACCUACCUACUUGCCUACCUACCUACUUGCCUACCUACCCAUCCAUCGUCGUUUUCUUCGUUUGUGCUCCGCUCUCGCGUUCCCUCUUCGUUUCUACUACGACGUCGAUCUCUAGCCUUUGGUCCUGCCUUGCUUCGCCCUACACCGCCGCCGACGGGAAUCCCUGAGUCGCAUCCGGGGUGGCUCUUCCUUCUCUGUUCUUUCGUUUUCUCUCUUCUUUGGGACUCCCGAGCCACCCGAGCGUCUCGACUCCAUUUCAGGAAGUAGAUUUUUUUGCCAUCGUUUCAGUUCGGGCAAAAAGCAGUAGCCUCAGCAGGGAAGACGAGGGAACUAGAGGCGAACUAGCCCACGUAGCGUGCUCUCCCAGCCAAUGCACCUGCGCGAGCCCUCGUCUCUUUUGUAUUACCUCCCGCUCGUCUCGAAAGAUCUCGGCGCCCAGACAUAGAGAGAGCUUCAGUUUUUGCGCUUGGCAGGGGGCGGGUCUUCCCCUUCAUUCUUGAGCUUGCCUCCUUGCCUAGCUUCUCUUCGGACACCUUGAACCGCGGUGUGAGAUGUCGUGACAUCGUCUACUGGUCGCCCAAAUCCGCCUUCUGUCGUCUUCCCUGUCGCCCUCGUUCUUACACGCGAUUUCUUAUCUCCGCCUGGCGCGUGAUGCGUCGCUUGUGUCGUUUACCUGUGUCCUCUUCGCUCCUAUCGAUUACGCUCGCAAGUCGCUCUGCUGUGAUUGCGCCAUUGAACGAAGGAUGUCUCUGCUGAGAAGGAGAAAGCGACAAGUGAUAUAAACUCGCCGUGAGCCUCGGCGUUGGGCUUCGGGUUGAGCCAGCAGGAGACCAGGUGGAAGGUGGGAAGGUGAGGAACUAGCAGAGGCGGGGGUAGGUAGGAAGGAAGAGGGGGCUUGCAACGGCCCGUGUAGGUUGGUCAAGAUGUGCGGGGGAUUUGGAUUCGGGGGCUCGCCACGUAAUCGGGCAUCCCCCCAAUUCUCGAGGCAUCUUCCCGUCAAGCUCCCAGUGGAACUACUGGAGGCUGUUCCCGCACAGUCGCCUCAUAACGAGGUCUACGAUGUGAAUCCGCGCCAAGGGGAGGAGGAGGCGCAGCGACCACAGAAGCAGCUGCAGCAGCAGCAGCAGCAGCAGCAGCAGCAAUAUCAACAGCAGGAAGUAGUCCGUCACCGGCCGGGAGGGCUAGAUGAUGGGCCAAUCGGCGGAACGAUAGGCGGCGACGACGAGAUCAAGAACUAUCGUGAUGAUGGAGCAGCAGAGGACAAUGCGAGUGGCAAGAGAUGUAGUACAAGUAGCGUACAGUAUCCUCCUAGCUGUAAGCGCAAGCGUGUGGUCUACACUUUCCCACGUCUCUCGCCGUAUUCCGCAGUUCGACUUGGGGCAGAUUUAGAGAUGGCCGGUAAUCUCACCCAUCAGCGGCAUCAUCCUCAUCAUCAUCAUCAUCAUCAAGAGCAAUCGCAAGAGCAAGAGCAACAGAAGCGUCUUAACGGCCCUUCUCAUCAGCGUCGAGACCAUCAUGAUCAGGUAGCAGAGCAUGCAGAAGAUGCUGAGGUUCGCAGUCCUGCGUCGCGUGAAGAUAUCGUCGACGACGCUUAUUCGCCUUAUCGUUUACGUGAACGGCCUUCCCCUCCUCCUUCCUCCUCGUCUUCGCCGUUCUCGAGUUCUUCCUGCUCCCCUUCCUCGUUCUCAUCCUCCCAAACUUCCCGCCUUUCAGCAGAUGAAGGCGCCGUGGUGUCUGUGCUUCGGGAAGCCGACGUGGCGUCCAUCCGUGAACGAGACUCGCAAGAUCUGAUCAAUUCGCUGCCAGACGAAGUCCUUUGCAACAUCUUCGCCGAGCUAGACGACCCGCGGGACAGAAGCGUGUGCGCGCUGGUGUGCAUGCGGUGGUUGAUGCUGCAGUCGCACAUGCGGUGGGAGUGUUACAGGAGGGGAAACAGGAAGAGGCGCGGUGCCGGUGGCGGCGGCGGAGUAGGGGAAGGCGGACAUGCGUUGUCCGUGCGGGAGGGGCCGGGGCCGUGGAAGGUAAGGAGGGCGGAGGGGGGAGUGCGGAGAGGGGAAGGAGGGGAGGAUGGCGAUGGCGAAGGGGCUGGGGAUCAACGGUAUGCCUCCCCGCCGACGUCGAGGCGUCGGCCUUUAGUGGACAACAAGAAGGAGGGUGGACGUAGCCGGGCGGGGGGCAAUAACGGUGGGGGGGAGGAAGGCGCGGAGUCGGACGACGGAGAGGAGGAGAGCAACGGCGCGUCGUGGAUGGCCGGUGACCUGUCCAGGUGUCUGGAAGGGCGAAAGGCGACCGACGUAAGGUUAGCAGCGCUGGCACUCGGGCUGGUCGGACGCGGGGGGCUGGGCAGUCUCGUGCUGAGGGUGCCUGUGUCGGUGUCCAACGUCGGGAUCUCGGCCGUCGGAAGUUGCUGCGGCGCUCUCGAGUCCCUGUCUCUCUUCGAGUGUAACGACAUCAGCGAUGAAGGGUUGGCCGCCGUUGGGAGAGGCUGUCGGCUGAUCGAGAAGCUGCACUUGUUCAAGUGCUCCCAGAUAGGCAACAAGGGCUUACAAGGCAUCGCGCAGGGUUGCUUGUUCUUGCGCAAGCUGAUCGUUGACACGUGUCCUCGGAUCGGCGACGAAGCUCUGGAGAAGGUGGGUGCGUGCAGCCGCAACCUCUUCGCGCUGACCGUGAGCAACUGUGAGAGAGUGGGAGACUCAGGGGUGGAGGCGGUGGCGGGGGGCUGCACAUCGCUGCGGCGACUUACGCUGAACAACGUGGGAGUGGGCGACAACGGUCUCCUCGCGCUGGGGGCGAGAUCUUCGUCUCUGACUAAGCUCACGCUUGUCAGGAUGGCCAAGCCCACGGAGAAGGGGUUGGUGGCGCUGGGGACCACCCAGGGAUUGAGGGGCCUGCGUGUUAUCGUCAUCCAGGGCUGCGUCGCCAUGUCCAAUCGCGUGAUGGAGGCUGUGGGGGUAGGGUGUGUGGAGUUGAAGCGCCUCUGCGUGGACGAUUGCACGGCGCUGGGCUCGGAGGGAGUGCAGGCGCUCGUCAAGAACUGUAAGUCCCUUGAAGCGCUGGAGUUCGGUCAUUGCCCGGGAAUCUCGCCGGUCGGAUUCCGUGCGCUCCUUCAGGAAGACUGCCGCGUGCAGUCUCUCUGGAUUACCAGCUGCAACGGCAUCCGGGACAGAGGUCUUCCCGCGACGCCCUCGGCGCCGCCUGCAUCCAUCAGGGCGUUGAAGUCUCUGCACAUCUCCUCCUGCACUCUCGUGGGCACCGCCUGCCUCGCUACAAUCGGGCGCCAGUGCCCGACGUUGGAGCACAUCGAGUUGACAAGCCUGCCGGGCGUCGGAGACCGAGGAAUCGCCGUGAUCGCGGAGGGGUGCGGUAAAUCCUUGAAGUCUGUCGUCAUUACCGCUUGCUCGAGGGUGACCGACGGCGGGGCGCAAGCCGUGCUGAGGAACUGCGGGUCGCGGCUCAUCAGACUGACCUUGGACGGUUGCCCCGAGGUCACCGAUCGCACGGCGCGCAUGGUUGCUGAGAAGUGCUGCAGCCUCAAGGACCUCGAUCUCUCUCGCACAGCCAUCACCGACGAAGGUGUCAGUGCCAUUGCCAACGCGUUAGAGAAGGGUCUGGAGACUUUGUCCUUCGCCGCCUGUCCGGGGCUUACGAGUAAAUGCAUCCCGCGCUUGUUCCCCAUGUUCGGUCAGCUGUGGGCUUUAAACCUCCGCGGCUGCACCGGACUGACGAGACAGUGCCUCGAGAGUGUCGAGCGCAAAGCCUGGGAAUGUGCGGGCCCUUCGUGUCUGUUCAUUGACCCAUAUUAAUGAACUGUUCCCCUCCCCGGGGCAUAUUCCGGGGUGUGGCAGUCAGAUCAUGUCAGUAACAAACGCACGAGGCAAGG